AUGUUGGAGAGGCAUACAGGAGGUCGCAGGAUUGUUCGCUUAGUCAACGUGGACACCUCCGAUGUUCUCGCUGCCGACGUCGAGCCCGGGCCGGGGCAAGCAGGGUGGACCGACCUUGCGGCGGCCAAGGCGGCGCUCAUUCCUAUGAUUGGUGUUUUGGCCACCUGCGCCUGGCACCUGCUGCGAAGGACGACCUGCCCUGGACUGGGACCUGGCCCGCGCUGCCCUGGCCCCACCGGCCCGCCCGACCGCCUCUGCGAGGGCCCGCCCGCCGCCCGACUCGACGGCCUCCCCGAGGGCCUCCCCGAGAGCCGACCAGAGGGCCUCCCCGACGACGGGCCCGAGGGCCGACCCGAGGGCCUCCCCGAGGGUCGACCGGAGGGCCUCCCUGACGACCGAGCCGACGGCCGACCCCACGACGGGCCUGACGACCGGCCCGACGGCCGAGCCGAGGGCCCGCCCGACGACCGGCCCGACGGCCUCCCCGAGGGCCUCCCCGAGGGCCGACUGGAGAGCCUCACAGACGACCGACCUGGCGGCCGACUCGGCGACGGAGCUGACGACCGGCCCGACGGCCGACCCGAGGAGCCGCCUGACGACCGACCCGUGGGCCCGCCACAGAAGCCAGGGCAUGUGUUCUUCAGCCUUCGCUUCAAGGAGGCCAUGGCAGCUGCUCAGGUGCUGAAGAAGCGGCUGGAGGAACUCGGCUACAGUGUGUUCCUCUGUGACGCUCUGGCCGGAGAAGAUAUUUUCAGGAAUCUUAUUUGUAAAAACCUCGAGUCGGCAGAUUUUGCAGUCAUCUUCGGCACGGAAACAUAUGGACAGAAGACUCAUGAGGUGAUGAGCACCUUUCAGGAGCUACUCUGGAUCCUUAACCAUGCAGGUGAAGCAGACAAGUACAGCCGCUUGCAGAAGGUCGCCGUGUUGAAAAUGUGCGAGCGGUACAAGGAGGUAUGCACGCAGAUGGCGCUCCACAAGGCCCUGAGCUACAUCGAGUGGGACGGCAGCGAAACAGCGGCCCAGAAAGUCUGCGGCAAGAUCCACCGGGCAUUUUCAUCCACUGGCUCCAUUCGGGGAGAUUCCAGCAGCGGGAGCUGA